UUUUUCUUUUCUUUCUCUCUGUCUUGUACUUGAAGUUUUCUCUGCGCUCCUGAUGGCCGGUACAUGACACACCGCUCAGGGAUUACACACACACACACACACACACACUACACUACACACACACUCUCUCUCUCACACACACACACACUCUCUCUCUCUCUCCCCCGCGCGCAUUAAUCCGCUCUUUAUCCUCAUCUCUUUAUUCUUCUCUUCCUCUCCGCUACUUUUGGAUACUUUUUCCUUCUGUGUGUGUGUGUGUGUUUUUCAGCUCGGGGAUUUCUGGCUCUCUGAAGGGAAGCUCGUGCAGCGGACAUGGCCGGGAUCCGGUGGAACUUUACACCGCUUUUAUUAUCCUUAUUAUUAUUAUCAUCAUUAUUCUCAUCAUUACUGCUAUCGCCGUCGUGCGCGCUCCAGAUGGACCGCGUGCGCGUGAGCUCCGUGUCCACGUACGGUGUGGAGCUCGUGGGCGUCGGUGGUCCGGUCCGGACCCGCAGGACGGGCACGAGCACGAGCACGAGCACGAGCGGACUGUCCCAUCACAUGAAGCUCUCCGGGGUGAAUGUCUGUGGAGGGCAGUGCUGUAUUGGAUGGAGCCAAGCGCCUGGAUCUCAGCGCUGCACAAAACCCAACUGCCUUCCAAAAUGCCAAAAUGGCGGCAUGUGCCUUAGGCCACAGAUGUGUGUGUGUAAACCUGGAUCAAAAGGGAAAUUAUGUGAGCAAACCACAAUGCCUACUUCCUCUCAUCCAUCCGGUCCAGUGAACGGACACACAAAUGGACACAGUAAUGGACAUGGCCUUGUGCCGCAGCGUCCGAUUCCUCAGCAGGUUUUCCCACAAGGCCCUGCUUCAUAUCCUCUACCCAGCACUAACAUGGCACACAUGACCCUGACCAUGAAGGCAGCGCCCAAAAGCCAACAGCCAAUCCCCUUUCAGCAACACGUACAGCAUCCUGUCUCCAUAAACAGGCAACAGGGAAAAAGCCAGAAGUUUGUGAUCAAGCCGAAGUUUUAUCCCACACACAACACACACACUCAGCUGCACGGAGCAGGAUACACACCCGAGCGCAGCAUCCCUCUGAGCGCCGGACACCACCCGCUACACGUGGCCAACCACACGGGUCGGAUCAAACUCGUCUUCACUCCGACCAUCUGCAAGCUGACGUGUAGCGGCGGUCGCUGCCACAACACCUGCGAGAAAGGAAACACCACCACCAUCAUCAGCGAGAACGGGCGCGCCACUGACACGCUCACUGCCCCCAACUUCAGAGUCGUGGUGUGUCACCUGCCGUGUAUGAAUGGAGGGAAGUGUAACGCGAGAGAUAAAUGCCAGUGUCCACCGAACUUCACCGGAAAGUUCUGCCAGAUGCCGACGCAGAACGGCCCGAGCACCAACAUCCACACCACACACACACUCCCACUGAGCUACAGCCACGGCCAGGGUGUGGUGAAUAUUCAUGUUAAUCAUCCUCCGGAAGCAUCAGUUCAGAUUCAUCAGGUGUCUCAGGUGGACAGCAGCAGCAGCAGCACUGUACAGAAAUUCCAGCAGCACAGCACGUUUUCCAACCAGCAGAGCUUCCUGCAUUACCAACCCGUCACGUCAAAGGGCCAGCUCGGACGCUGCUUCCAGGAAACCGCCGGCACGCAGUGUGGGAAAGCCCUCCCGGGCCUCUCUAAGCAGGAGGACUGUUGUGGGACGAUCGGCACUUCCUGGGGAUUCCACAAAUGCCAAAAGUGUCCAAGGAAACAGUCGAUUCCUCUGCUCGAGUGUCCACAUGGGUACAAGAGGUUUAACAGCACUCGCUGCAUCGAUGUAAACGAGUGCCAGUUGCCGGGUGUGUGUCCUAACGGGAUCUGCAUCAACACACCUGGGAGCUACAGGUGUUUAUGUCAACCUGGAUUCAUCUCUGACUCCACACUCACCAGCUGCUUCCCCACAGCCCCGCCCCCUGUGCGUGAGGAGGAGAGGGGGGCGUGUUUCCGUGUGUUUGGUGGCGGGCGUCAGUGUUUACACCCCGUCUCCACCGAGCUGAGCAAACAGCUGUGCUGCUGCAGCGUGGGGAAGGCGUGGGGGGGCAAGUGUGAGCGCUGUCCACUGCCCGGAACAGCUGCGUUUAAGGAGAUUUGUCCCGGCGGUUUGGGUUAUCACGUGACCAAUCCGUACGUCUAUAAACCCAAACCCCCUCCUCCUCCUCCUGUGAACCCCGAGGUGUACGAACGAGGCGACGGACACCGUCCUGUGAUCACACACCCCAAACCGACCGUCGCCAUCUCGCCGCUGCCCGUCCCCACCGUCCAGCAGCCCAUCGAGGCUUUCGGCUUCACUGAGAGACACCUACCUGUCCCAGUGGUGGUGGAGAAAACCUCUCCAGCUGCUCCAGUCGUCCUUUUACCUUCCAGCGCCAGUCAGGACAUUUACCCAACUCAGUUUGCAGAAGUGGACGAGUGUGCGAUUAGUCCUGGUAUUUGUGGUCAAGGCUUUUGCUACGAUACGGCCGAGAGCUACAGCUGCAUCUGUGACAGCGGCUACAAGCUGAACGACGAGGCGACCACAUGCGUAGAUGUUGACGAGUGUGUGAACGAUCCUCACCUGUGUGUUAACGGUCGCUGUAAGAACACACCUGGCAGUUUCACCUGUGUGUGUCAGCUGGGCUUGGGCUUUAACCUGGACGAGGAGGGAACCAGCUGCAUCGAUGUAAAUGAGUGUGAAGCUCCGUUUGUGUGUCCUGAGAACAGUGUGUGUGAGAACACGGCCGGCUCGUACACGUGUCGUCAGUGCAGCACAGGAUACACACUGGGUCAGAGCGGACAGUGUGAAGACGUAGAUGAGUGUCAGAAUGGGAGUGUGUGUCCGUCUGGUCUGUGUUAUAACACACUCGGCUCGUACAUGUGCAGCCCGUGUCCUGAAGGCUUCCAGGGCAAAGACGGCAAGUGUGUGGAUAUAGAUGAGUGUGCGGACGGAUCGGUGUGUGUUCACGGUCAGUGCUCCAAUCGUGAAGGUUUCUUCAUCUGUACGUGUGAUGAAGGAUUCACUCCGACUCCAGACCGCAAAGCCUGCACAGACAUUGAUGAGUGCCAGGAUGAGAGUGUGUGUACGAGGGGUCACUGUGAGAACACAGAGGGAGCGUUCAUCUGUCACUGUGAGAGUGGAUUUACACUCUCCGAGUCAGGAGAGCAGUGUGACGAUGUGGAUGAGUGUCAGGAGCUGACGGGGCUGUGUGAUGGUGUCGGUCAGUGUGUUAAUAACAUUGGAUCGUACCACUGUAACUGCCCCCCGGGGUACAGGCAGGUCAACGGCACUCGCUGUCAAGACGUAGAUGAGUGUGUAGAGGAGACUCUGAAGCCGCACAGUGUGGAGUGUGUGAACACAGAGGGCUCGUUUUACUUCAUCUGUGAGCCCGGAUACGCCUGGACACAGGAUCCACCUGCGUGUGAGGAUGUGGAUGAGUGCGCUCUGAACAGGAGUGUGUGUCGGCACGGUGUGUGUCAGAACACUGUGGGAUCGUUUGUCUGUCAGUGUGAUCCAGGAUACGAGGACAAACACAACGGCCAAGGCUGUGAGGACAUGAACGAGUGUGAGCUCCUGAGCGACGUGUGCGGUGAGGCGGUGUGUGAGAACAUACCAGGUUCUUUCGUGUGUGUGUGUCCUGAAGAGGGCUUCGAGUUCAACCAGAUGACGGCUAAGUGUUUACCUGCACCUAAAGCCUCGUCCACAGAGAGGAAAGUGUGUUACUACAAUCUGAGCGAUGAAAAUCUGUGCGAUAACGUUUUGGCGAGCGGCGUGACGAUCGAGGAGUGCUGCUGUACGCUCGGAGCAGGAUGGGGAGACAACUGCGAGGUUUUCCCCUGUCCUGUCCAAGGCUCAGAUCAGUUCGCCCAGAUGUGUCCGGCCGGACGAGGCAGCAUUCCAACCGGAGACGAUGCCUCACCUGUUACCUACAAAGAUGCUGAUGAAUGCGACAUCUUUAAGGAUGAGAUCUGUAAGGACGGAUUCUGUCAGGACACACCAGGAGGAUUCGAGUGUUACUGUAAAGCAGGACUGUACUACGACGAGGCCAAACUGCAGUGUGUAGACACAGACGAGUGUUUAGACGAGUUGAACUGUGUGGAUGGUCAGUGUUUAAAUAAUCACGGGUCGUAUCAGUGUUUCUGUACGCCCCCCAUGGUGCUCGAUGCAACAAACAAGCGCUGUGUUUUCCCCGAGGCGGCAGAGCCCAAAGAGCAGCAGGGUGUGUAUCAGGAGAUCUGUUGGCAGAACGUUUCCCCUACGCUGACCUGCACGAACAUGCUGAGUAACCGAAUGACCACCUACACUGAGUGCUGCUGUCUGUACGGAGAGGCCUGGGGCAUGCAGUGUGCACUGUGUCCUCCUAAACACUCCGAGGAUUACGCCAUCAUGUGUAAUAUCCGAGGCUCUGGAACGGUCAGACGGCCGUACGGUCAGGACGCUCUGGUCGCAGGACCUGUUCACGAGUACGAGGUCGGCCCGGAGUACGACACACGAACGUUGAACCCUAACCCGACCUUCUACGAGGACUACGAUGAAUCUAACACGGGAAGAUACGAGGCGUUUGAAGGACUGCGAGCGGAGGAGUGCGGAGUGUUAAACGGCUGCGAGAACGGACGGUGUGUGAGGGUGCAGAAGGGAUACACAUGCGACUGUUUCGAUGGAUACACACUCGACAUGUCCCGGAUGGCCUGCGUCGAUGUAAACGAAUGCACCGAGCUCAACAAGCGAAUGUCUCUGUGCAAAAACGGAAAAUGCAUCAACACACAGGGUUCGUAUAAAUGCCAGUGUUUGCCGGGAUACACAACGUCAGAGAGACCCAACUACUGCGUUCCCAUCAUGCCGAGCGCUAGCACCGGCACCGAGUGACCACCAGGGGAUGCCAUACACACACACACACACACACACGCUCUUAUUUAAUCGUAGCCCAUAUAAUCUGCACUGUAUUAUAACACACACACACACACACACGAUAAAAAAACGACAACAAAAUUCUACUUGAGAUGAAGAUAAAAGUUUAACACACUUCUAAUCUUAUUGAGAGAAAACAGAACUGUAUAAAAUAGUGUUUACUGUCUUUAUGUUCUUUUUUCAGUUAUUAAAUUGGAAUUUUUAGUGUUUUUAUUAUUAUUAUUAUUAUUAUUAUUAUUUUUAUUAUUAUUAUUUUUUUUUUUUAAAGAGACAAACCCUACGAACCGAACACUGGGGGAUAAAACAGCGUUCUUUACCCAGCGUGAGCCUGAUAUUUUAUUUUAUAAAAUUAUAUUCCGGCGUUUAUUUUCCUCUCUCUCUCUCUCUCUCUCUCUCUCUCUCUCUUUUGUCCCUCCUUUCCUUUCCUCUCUUUACCCACAAUCCUUUGCUUUUCUCCUCACGUCUUGGGUUGAUCUUGAAUACACUAAGUGCUAAUGUUACAUUUAUAUCUUUAAAAAGCACCGUUUACGACGUUGUCUCCGUAUCGUAUCGUAUCGGUUCUGCGUGGGAACUUUUCACAUCCGUCUCGUCUCUUGAACGGAACGAUAGAAUUCGUCCAAAAUCCGUACAAAAUAUUUUUUUAUUUUUUUUCUUUCUUUUUUUUUUAUGCUGCUGGAACAUUUUCUUUGACCCCCAAAAAAUCUGCCUACUUACAUUGUUAAAAAAAAAUAAUAAUAAUAAUUUUGAAAGUGUUCUUCGGUUGUCCCUCUUGGAGAACCCUUUAAGUUCUUAUGUAGAAUAUCUUCUAAUUUUCAAAAGAUCAUUAAGAACCCUUAAUUAUCCAGUGAACCCUUUAAUAAUACAGAACCCUAGAACUGUUUUUCCAUCAGAGCCGGUUCCAAGUAGAACUGCUUUAGGAGGCUGAGAACCCUUACUUAUUACAAAGAACUCCUGAAGAACAUAGAACCCUACAACUGAGUGUUUAUCAGAAAGGGUUCUAAGUAGAAUUCUUUUAGAAGGCUGAAGACCAUUAAUUAUCCAAAGAACCUUUAAAUGAUCUAAAAUUAUUAAUAUAAUUGUUUCUCUAUCACAGAAGGUUCCAAGUAGAACCAUUUUGUAAACAUAACACCACUUAAUUAUUACACAGAACUCUAGGAAUGAGUGUUUAUGAGAAACAGUUCCACGCAGAACCCUUUUAUCAGAAAGUAAGAAUGCUUAAUCAUCCAAAGAAGCCGUAAAUAAUACAGAACCUUAUAACUGCUUUCAUAUAAGAGAAAGUUCCACAUAGAACCGUUUUAGAAAGCCAACUUUCUGAAGAGUGUAGAACCCUACAAUUGAGUGUUUAUCAGAAAAGGUUCUAAGUUGAUCUAGACCUCUAUAAUUGUUUCUCUAUCACAGAAGGUUCCAAGUAGAACCAUUUUAGAAACAUAACAACACUUAUUUUUAUUACAGAGAACUCUAGGAAUGAGUGUUUGUCAGAAACGGUUCCACGCAGAACCCUUUUAUCAGAAAGUAAGAAUGCUUAAUCAUCCAAAGAAGCCUUAAAUAAUACAGAACCUUAUAACUUAGAAAUAAUAUAGAACCCUAUAAUAGAACCCUAUAACUUAGAAACCCAACUUUCUGAAGAAUGUAGAACCCUACAAUUGAGUGUUUUUCAGAAAGGGUUCUAAGUAGAAUUGUUUCAGAGACUGAGCCUUAAUUAUUCAGUGAACCUUUAAAUGAUCUAGAACUCUAUAAUUGAUAUCACAGAAGGUUCCAAGUAGAACCAUUUUGUAAACAUAACACCACUUAAUUAUUACACAGAAGUCUACAAAUGAGUGUUUAUGAGAAACAGUUCCAAGCAGAACCCUUUUAUCAGAAAGUAAGAACCUUUAAUUAAAUAAUAUAGAACCCUGUAACUGCUUUUCCAUCAGAUUCCAAGUAGAACCAUUUUUUGGAAGAAAAAUUGGAUUAAUAAUCCAAACUCAGAAAAGGUUCUUCAGGUGUAUUUUUUAAGGAUUCAUGCGAUAAUUAAAGGUUCUACUUGGAACCCUUUCUGAUAAACAGACUGCUGUUGGGUUCUACAGCCUUUAACACUUCUUUGUAGUAAGUAAGGGUUCUUAACUUUCUAAAAGGGUUCUACUUGGAGCCUUCUCUGACAGAAGAAACAUUGUAAUGUUCUAUAUUAUUUAACAGUUCAUUCAAUAAUUAAGGGUUCUUAGCCUCCUAAAACGGUUCUAAUUGGACCCCAACACUCAGUUGCAGGGUUCUGCAAGGUUCCUCAAGAGUACUUUGCAGUAAGUAAGGGUUCUUAGCUUUCUAAAGGGUUCUUCUCGGAACAUUCUCUGAUAAAGGAACUGAAAUAUGGUCCUAUGUUAUGUAAGUGUUCUUUGGAUAAUUAAAAGUUCUUAGGUUCUAAAAUGGGUUCUACAUGGAACUCUUUUCAGAUUAACACUCAGUUAUAGGUUCCUCCAGAGGAGAAACUGAAGAACCCUUUAUGGUUCUAGAUUUUCUAAGAGUCUAGAGAGCCUCCUCUUGAGUAAAACGAUAAUAAUGUUUUGAAGCAGCCAUUUUGAACAACAGUAAGUGUGUUAAAUAUCGCAAUUAUUAAAAAAAAUUCGUAAAUGUCGUAACUUUCCACUUCAAGCUAAUAGCCUGCCUGCAAUUAGCUAAUUAGCAGCUAGCAUAGGAGAUGACAAUGAAUGAAAUGCGCAUGUUCAGUGAGAUGCUAAUGCAGUGCAUUGUGGGUAAUACACGUUGUUACCAAGAAAUUAAGAUUAAGAAGAAAGUUGUAACAAUUAAUUCUAAAGUUUUUGAUGUUUUUUUACGAAUUAGGGAAAAGUUCUAGUAAGAACAUUAACUCGUGAUGAAUUCAUCUCACGUAAUUUUUUUUUUUUUUAGUGUUUUAUCAAAGCGACGUAAUUUUUUAAAUAUCACGUUUUUGUAUUAAUGAUUAAAAAAAUAAAGUUCUCUGUGUCUGGAACAUCGAACAAUGAAAUAUUUUUGUUUAAAUUUCCUGUUUCCGUGUCGUUCCGUAUUUAUCCGCUGUUUUUCGGAGCGGGAAAACUGACCUGGAAUCAGAUCAAGAAAUUAAAAAUUGAUUCUAGAUCAGCAGUUUAACCUCACGUUCACCUUAGAUGGGAAAAAGCGCUAGCUCUGUCACUUUUGCUACUCUGAUAAUUUAGCAUUACAACAGAUAGCUAGCUAAUAUGAUUAAAUAUAGCUAGCUGGCUAGCGGUACACCGAGAGAAAAUCGUCCUCGAGUAGUUAAAUAGCUAGCUAGUAUCCCUUUAUAAAAUAGAGUACAGUACAGAACCGAGAUCAAUGCUAACGUGGAACACAGCAGCACACUCUGCCACGGGGCUAGCAUAACAUUUAUUAGCUAUUUAGUAGCUAGCUAAUCUUUGAAAAUCUAUGUAAACUUCUGUAUCUAAUUUCAACAAAAACCUUUUAUGUGUUAAAAGUUUUCAUAUUGAAAACUUCUUCUGUAACUACAACAUCCUAAACAGCAAAAUUGUGCAAUUUUAACGAACAAUUUUGGCGAACUUUAGCUAGCAAAGUGCCAAAAAAAUCUCUGAAUCCCACUAGUUGUCACACAUAAAGAAUCAGCAGCAAAUGACGUUCGUAUGAAAAUUCGAACUUUUUUUUUUUGGUUCUUGUUUGUAAAGUGAUCAAUGUUUUUAAAAAAAGAUUCUACAAUUUUUUCAGGAAGUUAAGUUUUUUCUGGUUAGCAAAAGUAGCUAGCUGUAGUAAUCUAAUAAAUUAGUAAAUUAGCAAGUACAGUAAUACACUAACCUAAUAGUAAUAAAUUAGCUAGCUAUAGUUACAUCUAGCUAGCUAGAGUAGCCUGGUAUAUUAGUAAAUUAUCUGUAUUAGUACAUUACAGUUAGUCCUAUAACAUAGUAACCUAGUUCUAGUAAAUUAACUAGCUAUAUUGAAACAAUAAUCUCCUGUGUUUACUUUAAUUAGCUAGCUAUAGUAACCUUGUAUAUUAAUAUGUUAGCUGGCUAUAGUAAAUUAGAAAAUUAGCUAGCUAUAGUAUCCUAAUUACUGAGUGUAGUAACUAAGUACUAGUAAGUUAGUUAAAACAGAAAUAAUAACUUCCUGUGUUUAGUUAGCUAGUUAAAGUUAACUCGGCAUCUUUGUGAAAUUAGAACUAAAGCUAAAACUUUAUUUGACGCAUUCUACAACAAAACACUUUUUUAUAUUGUUUUUAUUGUUAACUGUUAGCAAACAAACCCUCGCUAGUGUGAACGUCAGGUUACUCCGGUAAAUGCGAUAAAUACGGAACGUAGCUUUUAGCCUUUAGCUUUUUUUUUUUUUUUUUUUUUUACUAGAACAACUCGACUCUUGAAGUGCCUUAAAUAAUUUUUUUUUUUAUAUUUUUUGUUUUUUUGAACCCAAGUUAUUUUAUUCGGAGGAAAGUCUUGCCAGGUUGCAAAGCUGCUAUUAAACAGCCGUGGGAUUUCGUUUGUUUUUUUUUUUUUUUCUUUUCUUUUUUCUUUUUGUACAUUUAAACAGAAGAGUUUUGAUAAACAGUUUUAUGUAUUUGUAAUUUGUACAUGAAUAAAUUAGCUCUUGUACGUUUCUCCAUAUACAAAUGUAUAUUAAUAAAUCUUAAUAAAUCACCAGUGGUGAUAUUUCCA